AUUCAUAACAUGAAAGAUGAAGACUUGAAACGAACAGCACUGAGAAUAGAAAACAGAAGGAAAGAGAGGCGUAAUAUCUACGCAUUUUACAUAAAUAUUUUAUGAUUGCGGGAAGAAAGAUUAUAUUACAACUAUGUCUAUGCGACCUGAUGAUCAUCGGAGAAAAUGGAACCGGGAGGAAUACGAAAGGAUUGCGCUUCAAAGACUCCAAGAAGAGAUCGCGGAGGAAGAAUUAGGGAUUCCCAAACAACCAGCAGUUAAAAGAGAAUUGCUAAAACAGAGAGAUUACAAAGUUGACCUCGAAUCAAAACUAGGAAAAAGUGUUGUCAUCAAUAAAAAUACACCAUCGUCACAAACUGGAGGGUACUAUUGCAAUGUCUGUGAUUGUGUUGUCAAAGAUUCCAUCAAUUUUUUGGAUCACAUCAAUGGAACAAAACAUCAACGUAAUCUGGGUAUGUCCAUGAAAAUAGAACGAUCUACAUUGGAACAAGUUAAAGCAAGGUUUGCACAAAACAAGAAGAAGCUUGAAGAAAAAAAGAAAGAUUAUGAUUUGGAGCAGAGAGUGAAGGAAUUAAAAGAAGAGGAAGAAAAGAUCAAAGAAUAUAGAAAGGAGAAGCGGAAAGACAAGAAAAGGAAGAUUGAGGAACUGGCAGAGGAUGAUGCAGGACCGUCUGAUGAAAUGGCCGCGAUCAUGGGAUUCUCCGGUUUCGGUUCGAAAAAGAAGUGACAAACUCUUUCCAUCUAAAGUUUACUAUCUUUGAGAAAGAGAAUGUUGAUUCUUUAGGAAAAAACGCUGAUAUGAACAGUUAGAAAAAUGGCGAACAGUUUUAAUUCCAGUUAUUGGAAUUUAAGGAUGCGAUCCAUGAAUGUGAGUUUGUGAUGUAUUUUUUCAUUUGUCCUAGAGUUUCAUGUUUAUUCGAGAUGAGAGAAACAGUUAUCAAUUACAAAUCAAUCUGACCAAUGUAAAUAUAAUAUCAUCAUUGUUAUCAUCGUUGCUAUUAAACAAAAAAAAAGUAAACGUGAAAAAGACAUAGAAUCGGACAGUCUAAUAUUAUAUCACACGAAUUGCGCGAAUAAUUCCUAUUAACUUAUACUUUUUAAUAUUCCGAUCUAACUCGCAAGCGGAUAAAUAAUUUAUGCUUAAAAAGAUUUCGCAAAAGACUUAAUCAAGAACUCUUCGCAGUAAAAUCGUUCGUUAGGCAUAUUCAAUUAGAUCGAUCGUGCGAUUCUGCCUUCUCUAUUCCGACUUUUCGGCUCAAAGAUUUCAUGAGAGAACCGGACUUUCUCCUCUGCAAAACAAGUAAUAAAAAUCCUACUUUUUUUAUCCGAUUUAGAGUAUCAGCUCGAUGUAGAGUAUCAGCUCGGAUAAUGCGCGUUAUGUUAAAAAAUGCGCAUGACAUUUAAGAACUUAUUUACCUAACGUUUUCAUUCCUUUGUUCAAAAAAAAAAAUUAACAAAAAUGACGCUUAAAAAUUUGAAUAAAUUAUACCGAAAACAAGAUAUAUCUUAUGUCUAUAAAACGAUCAUUUUGCGAAAUCGACUGCAAUUGACAGAGCUUUCUGCGUGCGAGGAUAAUCGGAAAAAAAUCUAAACUUGGCAAUCAUUUUUAACUUCUAUUCAUUUUCAAAUUUUAUAUAAACUGUAAUACGCACAUAUACUUGUCUAAAUUAUUGUUAUUACAUUUUAUGUCACAGAUAUUAUAGAAAAAUUACAGGAGUGUUUUGCACUUCUUAAUACAAUUAAAUUAUUAUAUAAAUUUGUAAAUUUUAUAUAUUUUAUAUAUAUUUUUAUAAAUUAUAUAUAGUUUUUAUUAUAUAUGUAUAAUUUUUCUAUUUUUCACUAUAAUAUCGUUCUCUUGAUUCUGCCAAGUUUAGAACUAGUUUACCAACACAAGUUUUUUUAAUGAACACAACGAUUAUCGUCGCGAAUUGAAUAUUUAGACCAGAUGACAUUUAUGAUAUGACAUUUCAAGCAUCAAUGUUUAUAUGAUAUUUAUAGUGUACUAUACGUCAGUAAUUGUCUAAUAUAUUCUUUACAAUAAAAAUAAUUUUGGCUAA